CAGACUUUAUAAUAUAUAAAAAAUGACAAACUAUUCAACAACAAGACAUCACCAGCAACAAGACAUCAGCUCAACUGCUGUAAAAAGACAAAGAUGUCGGGCACUCUUCCUGAGUUGAAUGAGCCAAAACUGACGAUUAUGCUCGUUGGAUUGACGGGAGAUGGGAGGACUUCAGUCAUGAACACCCUUCUGGGAAGAGAUCAAAAACAUGGACCCAGCGCUUCCUCACAGACAACAGAGUGCAAGAUGGAGACAGUACAGCGUGGUGACCAAGAACUGGUUAUUAUCGAUACUCCGGGUGUGCUGAACACAGAGAAAAAAGAAGAAGAGCUGAAGAAAGACAUCGCAGAAAUCAUCGCAGGUGCUGCGCUUGAUGGCGGUCCUCAUGUGUUCCUGUUGGUGAUGCGGGCGAAGCGUUUUUCAGAGAAAGAUAAAGAAGCAGUGGAAAUCAUUCAGAAGAUCUUUGAUGAUGGGUUCGAAGAUUACACGUUGGUCUUGUUCACCUAUGGAGGUGAACUUGUACCUACGUACAAAGAUGUGGAGAAAUUUGAAUUCCUUAAGAAGUUCAUUCAUGGAGAGCAUUCUGUUCAUUCUUUUGAAAAUAAUGAAUGUAAGAAUGUAAAGGGUGAAGAAAAGGAAAAGCAAGUGUCUGAGCUAAUGAAGAAGAUCAACAAAAUGGUUGAAAACAACAGGAAGCGAAACGGGCCGCGUUACACCAGUGAAAUGUUGAAAAAGGCGCAGGAAAUCCAAAAGGAAAUGGAGAAGUCAGAACCUAAUGGCACGAAGGCAGAUAUUCUGGGUAAAACCAUUGAGGCUUUUGUUACUGGGUUGGUGGGCCAGCCAUGGGUAGAUUUAGUGUUCAGGAUUGUUAAAUUUGCCAUGGAAAAAGUUGCUAAAUAUGCCUAAAAAACAAGCUGAAGAUUCACCAGAAUUUGAAAAGUUCUGAAACAGAGAAAUCAAAACGCUAAAAAAGUGUAUGAUGUGAAUUAAUCUAUUUUUUUAUUUAGCUUUUUUGUACAAUGAGUGAAUGAAUAGUCUAUUAUUCUUAAAUUCUUGAAGAAAAUUUCUUGCAUGCCUCCAUGGUCAACAAAGAAUCCAAAAACAGAGAUUUUUUUAUUAAUUGAUUACUUCCCUGUGGAGGCAUGUGAGUUUGAUACAAAUUGUAUUUAGGGGAGAAACCUGAGUACAAGUGUCCUAGAUAGGAGAAUUAAACUCUCUGGGUUGUUUGCAUUUCUUUAAACCAAUCACAAUCAUCUUGGGUGGCGCUAAGCUCCAGACGCAGCAACGGUGGCUCUGCUAAAUAGUCUCAGGAAGGAACUUGU